CUGCAGCUCGCCUCGGACCGACCAGCAGCAGCAGCAGCAGCAGCAGCAUGUCGUGGCUCUUCGGCUGGAGGAAGGGUUCCGGGACGCCGCCGGCGGAGGAGCAGGCGGCGGCCGCUGCGGCCGAAGGGGCCGCGGCGGGACCCGCGGCGGGAUCCGGGGGCGACAGACCGGCGGACAAGUGGAGCAACUUUGACCCGACCGGCCUGGAGAGGGCUGCCAAGGCUGCGAGGGAGCUCGACAAAUCACGUCAUGCUAAAGAGGCGCUGGGUUUGGCUCGAAUGCAGGAGCAAACCUUACAGCUGGAGCAUCAGAGUAAAAUAAAAGAGUAUGAAGCCGGUUUGGAGCAACUGAAAGGAGAGCAGAUCCAGCUGCAGGGGGAAGAGCGGCGGAAAACGCUGGCAGAGGAGACCAAGCAGAACCAGGCAAGGGCGCAAUAUCAAGACAAACUGGCCAGGCAGAGGUAUGAUGAUCAGCUCAGGCAACAGCAAUUCCUCAAUGAGGAGAACCUCCGCAAACAAGAGGAGUCGGUUCUGAAGCAAGAGGCCAUGAGGAAAGCGACCAUUGAGCAUGAAAUGGAGCUGAGACACAAGAACGACCUGCUGCGGGUGGAGGCCGAGGCCAAAGCCCGGGCCCAGGUGGAGCGGGAGAACGCCGAUCUGAUCCGGGAGCAGAUCCGCCUGAAGGCCGCUGAGCACCGGCAGACCGUCCUCGACUCCAUCAGGACGGCCGGAGCCGUGUUUGGGGAGGGAUUCAGAGCCUUGGUCUCCGACUGGGAUAAACUCACAGCCACGGUGGCCGGGUUGACCCUGCUGGCAGCGGGAGUGUACUCCGCCCGGAACGCCACCGCCGUGGCCGGGAGAUACAUCGAGGCCCGUCUGGGGAAGCCUGCUCUGGUUCGAGAGACGUCCAGGUUAACCGUCGCCGAGGCCAUAAAACACCCGAUUAAGACCACCAAGCGCCUGAGAAGCCGGCCCCAGGACGCUCUGGAGGGUGUGGUGCUCAGUGCAGCUCUGGAGGAACGUGUGAGAGACAUUGCCAUCGCCACUCGCAACACCAGGCAGAACAAGGGCCUGUACAGAAACAUCCUGAUGUAUGGGCCUCCGGGAACUGGAAAAACUCUGUUUGCUAAGAAACUGGCUCUGCACUCAGGGAUGGACUUCGCCAUCAUGACCGGAGGGGACGUGGCGCCCAUGGGGCGCGACGGGGUCACCGCCAUGCACAAGGUGUUCGACUGGGCCAACACCAGCAGGCGGGGCGUCUUGCUCUUUGUAGACGAAGCUGACGCGUUCCUGCGGAAGCGAGCCACAGAGAAAAUCAGCGAGGACCUCCGAGCCACCCUCAACGCGUUCCUGUACCGCACCGGGGAGCAGAGCAACAAGUUCAUGCUGGUCCUUGCUAGUAACCAGCCAGAGCAGUUCGACUGGGCCAUUAACGACCGCAUCGAUGAGAUCGUGAACUUUGCAUUACCGGGUCUGGAGGAGAGGGAGCGGCUGGUGCGCUUGUAUUUCGAUAAGUUCGUGCUGGGUCCUGCCACUGCAGGGAGACAGAGAUUAAAGUUGGCUCAGUUCGACUAUGGUCAAAAAUGCUCCGACAUUGCAAAGCGAGCGGAAGGCAUGUCCGGUCGUGAAAUAUCCAAGCUUGGUGUUGCCUGGCAGGCUGCUGCCUACUCCUCUGAAGACGGAGUUCUGACCGAAGCGAUGAUCGACUCGAGAGUUGACGACGCCGUCACGCAGCACGCACAGAAAAUGGAUUGGCUGCUGACGGAAGCAGGCAUGGGGGUCGGCAAGGUCGGCGUGCUCCUCCCCAAGGGGACGGCGGCCGCAGGCGUCCCUGCAGAGAGCGCCGAUUCACUUCCACACAGUGAGGGAGCGGCCCCCACUGUGCAGGAAGUCCUCCCACUGGUGGAGGCCGUCAGCAGCGCUGCGCUGGCGGAAGCAGCCGCCGCGCCUCCGGAGGUGAAGGCAGACGUCAUCCUCCAAGAAGCAGCUGAGUUGGUCAAGGAGACCGAAGCGGUAGGCGCACCCAUCGUGAGCGAGACGGAACCGGCGAAGCCAGUUGAGACGGCCACGGCUGUUCCCCUGGUGCAGGAGGUUGACGCUGCUAAAGAUCUGACUGAGGAGGUUCAAGUAACAGCGGCUGACACGGUUGUACCUGAGGUAACCAUCGAGGCUAAAGAGGACCUGGCUUCUUCCACCGUACAGGAAACCGCCGCUGUGAGUACGGAGCAGCCAGCUGCUGACGUAGCUCACGAGCCUGAGACCACAGACGUAGUAAAGGAGAUGAAGGAGGCUGAGGAAGUGGCAGAUUCCGCAGCAGUCUCUGCUGUUCCACUCGAAAAGGAGUUGGAUGCCGUUGUCUCUGAGGUUGUCCGGGAGCCAGAGGCUCCGGCUGCUGGACUCUCUCAGGACGCAGCGGCUCAGGAAAGCGAGGCAGCAGCCGAGUCUGCCGAAGCCGGUAAGGCAGCAGAGGAAACGGCAUCAGAUACUGUGAAGGCGGCAGAGGAGAUUCUGACCGACGUAGCUGAAGUCACGCAGUCCGUGGCAAACAUUGUAAAAGAAGCCGAGUCUAUAGCAGCUGAUGUGGCCCGGGUGGCCGAUGCUGUGGGAGCCAUUGCUGAGGAGAUUGAGACGGCAGUGACGAAGGAGGGUGAACCGACAGAGGGUGAGGCUGCGAAGGAGGCCGAAGUUCCCUCAGAUGCAUCAGAUGCUGCAAAAACGGUUGAAACAGUCGAGACGGAGAUCGAAGCAAAGAGUGUGGAGACAGAGACGGAGCCAGUGAUGCCUGAGGUUGCCGCCGCUAAAGCUGAAGCCACACCUCCAGCAGAACCACAAGCCGCAGAGGUGAUCCCCGACGCCGAGGCUUUGGCUGCAGAGUCCAUAAAAGAGCCUCUGCCCGUGGAGCUUGCUGAGAAGGAGCUGGAAGCCAAAACAACAGGGGUUUCUCAGGAAGCCGAAGUCGUACACAGUAAAGAAACCUUAACAGAAGUCUCCACAGCAGAAGUUUCUAAGGAAGCCGAAGUCGCACAGAGUAAAGAAACCCUAACAGAAGUCUCCCCAGAACCCGAAGCAUCAGCCUCAGAGGUAGUGGAAGAGACUCAGAAAGCUGCUGCAGAUAUUGCCACAGAGCUGGCAGCUCCAGAGACGGUUCAGGAGUCUUUACCAACCAAGAAGACCACCACAGACGCUGAAGCUGCCACGGAGGCUGCUGUCAAGGAAGUCGAGUCCAAAACCAGUGCCGCAGCAGCCGAGGCGGGGGAGGCAGUGGUGCCUGAAGUCUCCGUCGAGAAGGACUCGGCGACGGUUCCCAGUGGUUCUCCUCAAACUAAGCCUGAUGCAGAGACGGUCGCACCAGAGGAAGGGGAGAAGUCUGCUGCCUCUCAGUCCAGCAGUGAAGCAGCUGAAGCCGGUCAAACUAGUAAACCUCCUCAAGACAAACCGAGCGGGGACGCCACCGAUAAACCAAAAGCAAAGUGAGCUACUGUGAACGACGAGCUGUCCUAAUCAACCACUGACCUCUACGUCUGACUCUCCUCCAAACGGAUCCCUCACUGAGGGUGGUUAUUUGAAGGGAACGGUCAGAUUGCAGUCUGCUGUUUGCAUGUGUUACGGUAAAAGGAUGUCUGAACCACCAACACUGAUGAACUGUUGUCUUAUUUUUCCCUUUGUCUCUUAUUGUUUUCACCCAUUUUAAAGACUGUGCAGUACAGUGUUGUUUGUGGGGAAUGUUUUAAGAGUUAUGAAUACACUUUCAGUUUGAGCCAAUUACCAAUUUUUUUGAGUUAAGCUUUUGAUCAUGAAGCCUCCUGUCUAAAAUCAUGUCUAAAAUCAUUACUUCAGUAAAGAUUAUACUGAAAAAUAAACUUCAAC